AUGCCAGGAACCGUGCGGCUGCGCGCGCCCGCGCCCAAAUAUCCGCCGCGUUUUUCCCCUCGUUCUCCCACACCACCACACAUGGACCCCCCCACCGCGCUGCAGUACAAGCUGCAGCUCCUGCUGCACAUCAACACCCUGCUCAUCGUGCGCAGCGCCAUGAUGCGCCCGGGGCACCCGCAGCUAGAUGGCCUGCCGCCGGACCAGCUCGAGGACUUGCUGCGGCAGUACAUCCGCCGCGUGCACAGUAAUCUGCAGUGCAUUUCCGCAAUCAAUCAGGGUAACCCCCGCGCCCGCCCGCAAAUCAUGGAUCCUCCCCCGUUGCCUCCGCCGCUCCAGCACCCCCAGCAGGACAUCCUGCCGAAGCUCUACGUGCUGCUCGCAAAGCUGUUUGACGUGAGCUAG